CUCGCUCCCAUCGCCGCCGGACGCGACGGCCACAACACCGGAGCAAAUAAUCGGAACAAUUCCGCGUUCCCCCAUCCCGGAAAUAUCCCCAAACCCUGGCCUCCCUGCCCCCGCCGCCGCCGGCCGCCAGAUCUCCGGCCAUGGACGACGACGGCGCGGCUUCCCCGUCGCCCUCGCCCUCGCCCUCCCCGUCGCGCUCCCCGUCCCCGCUCCCCGUCGCCGACCCCGUCACGGUGGCCGCCGCGCCGCCCGGCCACGUCGCCGUCGCCAUCCCGCUCCGCAAGCCCUCGCCCUCCUCCGGCGGCGGCGGCGGGGGCGGGCGGGAGGACGCGUGGAGCGACGGCGCCACCUCCACGCUGAUCGACGCCUGGGGGGAGCGCUUCGUGGCGCUGGGCCGGGGCAGCCUCCGCCACCCGCAGUGGCAGGAGGUCGCCGAGGUCGUCUCCUCCCGCGACGGCUACUCCAAGCCGCCCAAGUCCGACGUCCAGUGCAAGAACCGCAUCGAUACGCUCAAGAAGAAGUACAAGAUCGAGAAGUCCAAGCGCGGCUCCUCCUGGCCCUACUUCGACCGCCUCGACGACCUGCUCGCCCCCGUGCAUAAGCCCAAUUCUUCCUCCUCCUCGGCGGCCGCGGCCGCCCGGAGCGCCCCGCCCAUGGUGCCGCCGCGCAUCAACUUCCCGCAGCGCACCCGGACGCCGCUCCAGCCCUCGGCGGGGUCCAAGCGGAGGAUGCCGUCGCCGCCGCCCCAGGCGUCCGCGUCGUCCGAAUCCUCCGACGGCUUCCCGCCGGAGACGCGGUCCGCGUUGCCGAACGGGAAGAGGCAGCGCGUGGAGGAGCACACCCCAGCCGCGGCCGCGAACGGCGCGGAGAGCAGCGACAGCCGCGCGCAGGGCCUGCGCGACCUGGCGCAGGCGAUCCGGCGGCUCGGGGAGGUGUACGAGCGCGUGGAGAACGCCAAGAGGGAGCAGGAGUUCCGGAUGGAGCGGGAGCGCCUGGACGCCGCGCGGGAGCUGGAGGACCAGCGCGCGCAGUUCUUCCUCAAGAUGCAGAUGGAGCUCACCAAGGCCACCGGCGGCGGCGCCAGUGCCGCUGCCGCACCUGUGGCCGUCCCCAUCCCUGCCGAUGGCAACGGCACGCGGAGAACGGGUAUGGCCGCAGAGGUCGCCACCAGCAGCAAUCAUCGCGUCCGGUACCGCAUCAAAGGUAGUAUCCACCAGCACGCUGCGCAGCAGCCACAUUACCAGAACAAUGCCACUGGCAAUGGCAGUGACUCGGACAACAAGGAAGCCGAGGAGGAUGCAGAAGACGAAGAGGAAGAGAGCCAGUAAUGGCUCUCCUCUCUAUUCCUCUCUAGCAACGGUAAUUCAACAACAAUUUGCAUUGUUAGUAAAUGUUACAUUGCUCUGGUAGAAUUUGCUCCCAGUCCCAGAUAGGCUGAUCUGGGUCGGGAGCCAAGAAAGGGAUAGUGAGCUCAACUAGGUGGUAGUGGCGGUGUUAGCAACAAGCAAGGAUUAGCAAUUUGAGUUGUGGUAAGUACCUGAUAGUGUGGGGGUGAGUGUGUAACUAGUACCUGCCUGUUGUGCUCGUGAUUUUCAUCUGUCGUUAACAAAUUACCAUGUCAUUAAAUGUAACAUGCUUAUUUUCGUUGCAAGAAUAGCUGUAACUGUGCUUAUUCUUUGGAAUGGGUAUAUCGGUGUCCUGUGGAGAAUAUGUUCGGUG